AUAGUAUUUCACAAAUAAAGACAACAUUGAAAGAGAAAAUGUAACUGUACAUCCAUAACAGAAUUGUAUAGGAGAUGUUUACGCCUGUGACAGUCUGACACCUGAGGCGUUCGCAGCUCUGCAUUAUAUUACUGACAAUUCAAAGGCGCCCCCCGAGAACGCCAUGUAUCCAGAUUUGGAACGACUUGGAGAGGUGGUGUCCAUGCCUUUCAUGUGGUGAAGGAGAAAACACUUCGCUUCAUUUACCCAGGAAUAGACCUAGAGGAAGGUAGCCCUUCUGAAGUGGAGUGCUUUGUUUUGAAACACAGUAGAGGCGACGGUGGGUGUUCUCCAGUAUACAGUUACGAUCAGCCAUCGAAACUUCUGCUUCAAUCAUCUGUUUUCAAUAAGGAUUGCUUCUGAACUGAAAACGUAAUUAACCAUAUAAGGCUGGAGAUGUCACAGUUGAAAUGUUACUGUAGGAAAGAAAGUGGAGACCCUGUUGUGCGCAUUCUGGUUUAUCCCAAAGAAAGCAAGUAGCCUAUAUGGUUACGCGCACGUUGUGCUUUGUGAGAAGAGGAUUUCAACCAAACGAAAAUGGCACGGAUUAUUCUUUGCGCUUUGACAUUAGUUUUGGCUGGCUUUAAUUAAACAUAACUGUAGGUUAUAACUAACUGAACAUCCGUGGAAUUCACCCCACAGUCCAAAUGAUGGAAUGGCUCGUUGCUUUGUGUAUUGGGAUUCUGGUGGCCGUCAUUUGGUCAGCUUCGAAAUAUUUUGGUACCCAGGGCGAGCCAGACGCACUCCUCCAGGGGCUCGGAAUUUCACGGCGGCAGACGAAGGAGAUGGUCUCAGAGAGGUGCGUCUCAAACCGGGGGGUCCCGGUGGACGGUGCUAAUGCCCAGACAUCCGACAGGGCAGGUGAGAAUAAAGUCCCCGAUGUUGCGCUGAUAUGCAAACCCUCGGCGCUGGCCAACUAUCUCUUCAAACACUGCAGGACUUUCAGCAAUUUCAUAGCGUGCACUGGAUGGACUUGGCGGGCGAGUGCGUUUCUUCAGACAGUUUACGGCGCGUGCUGGCCGUACGAGAGCCCGGCGUAUUUCGUGCGGGACUACCUGCAGUUGAGCGACGACGGUCUGGUGGCGCUGGACUGGGCAGUGUCGUUGGCCGGUGCGUCGUACCAGAAACGGAGGAGAACCUCGAGUAAUUCCACGAGCCCAAUCCUCCUCAUCAUACCCAACUCUUUUGGGAAAAUCACUAGAAAUGUUCUGAAGCUCUGUGAGGUGGCGUUGUCCCACGGCUACCUCCCUGUGGUGUUUAACCGGCGCAGCCACAACGCCACCCCCCUCAGCACCGUCAAGCUGCAGCAGUUUGGCGACCCAGGGGACCUACGCGAGGCCGUGCGCUACAUGCGCUACAGGCAGCCCGUGAGCCGGCUGUACGCGGUGAGCGAGAGCACGGGGUCCGGCCUCCUCCUCUCCUAUCUGGGAGAGUGUGGUUCAUCCAGCUACGUGACGGCCGCCGCCUGCCUCUCGCCAGUGUUCCGCUGCCAGAGCUGGUUUGAGAAAGGACCCAUCUGGCCCCUACACUGGGCUCUGGUGACUUACCAGAAGAUAUGCCUCAACAGGUACAGGACAGUGCUGGGUGAGACAGUGCACACCGAUGCCCUUUUCUCCAGCUGUUCCAUGCGUGGCCUGGAGGAGGUGUUGUUCUGCCAGCAGCCAGGCCCUAAAGGAGCCCCGGCCCUAGCAGGGGGCACCAGCAGCAGCAGUGGUGGAGCCUGGGAGGCCUACUGGGAACGCAAUGAACCCCUCCGGGACGUAGACGAAGUCGCCAUCCCCGUUCUGAGUGUCUGUGCUCAGGAUGACCCUAUCAGAGGAGACCCCCAGUCUACCCUACCCCUGGAACUCUUCGAGAGCAACCCCCACUUCUUCCUGCUGCUGACCACCAGGGGGGGACACUGUGGCUUUAACACCCAGGAAGGGAGUGCUUUCUCUGGGGGAGGGACCUUUGGAGGGACACCUGGGACUAGCUGGAGCCACCGGGCCCUGCUGGAGUUCUUUAGAGCCACCACGGACUUCAUUGCGGCAGAGGAGAGGGCUAAGCAGGCUGCCAGACGGAGGGGCCUGGGGGGUAGCAGCCAGGGCAAAGUCUUCAGACAUCGUAGUGUCAGUAGCUGUAGGAGAAUGCCUGCAUGCUCACAUAAUAUACACACUAUCUACAACUGGCAGAGGUCUUAUACACGAUGAGCUGAGGUGAUGAUAUUGGAUAUUAUGGAUCAUAAGGGAUUUAUAUUAUGGAUGAUAAGGGAUUGAUAUUAUGGAUGAUAAGGGAUUUAUAUUAUGGAUGAUAAGGGAUUUAUAUUAUGGAUGAUAAGGGAUUUAUAUUAUGGGUGAUAACCUCUUGAUACUAGCCAUCCCGGAUCCGGGAUCGUGAAUACAGCCUCAAGCUCAUUACCAUAACGCAACGUUAACUAUUCAUAAAAAUCGCAAAUUAAAUGAAAUGAAUAUGCUAGCUCUCAAGUUUAACCUUUUGUUAACAACACUGUCAUCUCAGAUUUUCAAAAAUAUGCUUCUCAAGCAUAGCAAAACUAGCAUUUGUGUAACAGUACUGAUAACUAGCGUAGCUAGCGUAGCAUUUAGCGUUAGCAUCAGCAGACAACAUUUUCAUAAAAACCAGCAAAAACAUUCAAAUAAAUAAUUUACCUUUGAAGAACUUCGGAUGUUUUCAAUGAGGAGACUCUCAGUUAGAUAGCAAAUGUUCAGUUUUUCAUGAAAGAUUUUUUGUGCAGGAGAAAUCGGUCCGUUUGGUGCGUCAUGUUUGGCUACCAAAAAAACCUGAAAAUUCAGUUAUCAAAACGCCAAACUUUUUUCCAAAUUAACUCCAUAAUAUCGACUGAAACAUGGCAAACGUUGUUUAGAACCAAUCCUCAAGGUGUUUUUCACAUAUCUCUUCGAUGAUAUAUGGUUCGUGGAAGUGUACUUUCCCCUCUGAAUCGCAUGGCAAAAUGCAUGCAGCUGAAGAUUACGCAACAAUUUAGACAAAGGACACCGGGCAGACCCCUGGCAAAUGUAGUCUCUUAUGGCCAAUCUUCCAAUGAUAUGCCUACAAAUACGUCACAAUGCUGCAGACAUCUUGGACGAACGGCAGAGAGCUUAGGUUCAUUCAUCACACAUUCACAGCCAUAUAAGGAGACGAUGGGAAACAGAGCCUCAAAAAUUCUGCUCAUUUCCUGAUUGAGGUUUCAUCUUGGUUUCGCCUGUAGCAUGAGUUCUGUGGCACUCACAGAUAAUAGCUUUGCAGUUUUGAAAACGUCAGAGUGUUUUCUUUCCAAAGCUGCCAAUUAUAUGCAUAGUCGAGCAUCUUUUCAUGACAAAAUAUUGCGCUUAAAACUGGCACGUUUUUUCAUCCAAAAAUGACAUAGCGCCCCCAUAGGUUGAAGAGGAUAAGGGAUUUAUAUUAUGGAUGAUAAGGGAUUUAUAUUAUGGAUGAUAAGGGAUUUAUAUUAUGGAUGAUAAGCGAUUUAUAUUAUGGAUGAUAAGGGAUUUAUAUUAUGGAUGAUAAGGGAUUUAUAUUAUGGAUGAUAAGGGAUUUAUAUUAUGGAUGAUAAGGGAUUUAUAUUAUGGAUGAUAAGGGAUUUAUAUUAUGGAUGAUAAGGGAUGUAUAUUAUGGAUGAUAAGGGAUUUAUAUUAUGGAUGAUAAGGGAUUUAUAUUAUGGAUGAUAAGGGAUGUAUAUUAUGGAUGAUAAGGGAUGUAUAUUAUGGAUGAUAAGGGAUUUAUAUUAUGGAUGAUAAGGGAUUGAUAUUAUGGAUGAUAAGGGAUGUAUAUUAUGGAUGAUAAGGGAUUUAUAUUAUGGAUGAUAAGGGAUUUAUAUUAUGGAUGAUAAGCGAUUUAUAUUAUGGAUGAUAAGGGAUUGAUAUUAUGGAUGAUAAGGGAUUUAUAUUAUGGAUGAUAAGGGAUUUAUAUUAUGGAUGAUAAGGGAUGUAUAUUAUGGGUGAUAAAGGAUUAUAUCUGCAGCACAAGAAAGCUUUGCAUUUAACGGCUGAAUAUUAAUCUGUGUGCAGCAGUCACCUGGGUAAUUGACGGAACAUGGUUUAAUUGACACACACACGCGCAGGCAGGCAGGCAGGCAGGCAGGCAGGCAGGCAGGCAGGCAGGCAGGCAGGCACACACACAAACACACUCAGAAUUUAAGGAUGAACACUCCAAAACACACUACGUGUAACCAGAAAAGCCUGUGUGUGUGUGGGUGUGCGUGUGCCUCUGCCCAAUGACUGUCCAAAAAUGCCCGUCUGGACACUGGACACUGGACUGCCAGUAUUUCUCUGAUGAGACCAUCAGAUUCAUGGGGAAACUAUGUGUAAUGAUAUGGUGAUGUUUUGCUGAACUGGGUGGAACCAGUUGGGUUUGUGGCUUUUCACACAUGGUGUAAUUCAAACUCUGUCUAGGGUACAUUGAAUGUAGCUGCAAUCUGCAACUUUGAAUUGGCGCUGUUAGUGACAUGAUGAUUUUCCUGUAGUUUUCUAAACAAUGUUAAACGUGUGUUAAAUGUGUUAAAUGAUCUGAAUCAUUGUGAAGGAACGAUGUGAUAAAAGAAAAAGAGGGACUGUAUCAUGGAAGGAUUUCAUGUUGGUCACAUGUUAUCUUCUGUCCAGACAUAAUUACAGUAAUGUUGUGUAACAUUGUAUCAAUUUAACAGUCUUCAGUUACUGUAUGUGGAACUUUAUGUACAAUACUGUAUGUGUCAUACUUAGAACUUUGUGACUAUGUACAGUAGAGUUCUGUUUCUCUGAGGAUUCAUCAAACACAUGGAGAGUUUUCCAUUUAGACGUCUCCUAAAACAGCUCUAUGCCCAGAGCGAUACCACUGUCUGUGUGUGUGUGUGUGUGUGUGUGUGUGUGUGUGUGUGUGUGUGUGUGUGUGUGUGUGUGUGUGUGUGUGUGUGUGUGUGUGUGUGUGUGUGUGUGUGUGUGUGUGUGUGUGUGUGUGUGUGUGUGUGUGUGUGUGUGUGUGUGUGUGUGUGUGUGUGUCUGUCUAUCUGUCUGUCUGUCUGUAUGUUUGUGGUGUGUAUUUGUGUGUGCAUACGUGUGUGUGUCUGUGUGUGACCGUGUGAUCUGAUUAGAUAUCUCUCCACGGUGUGUCCCUACAGAUCCUCAUCCACACAGACAGCUGCUACUGCUGGACCACAGAGGCAACUCUACAGUUAGCAUCAGGCCCUGACCCUUUACAAAACACACUACCCAUCCUUGGUGCCACGACUCCAGGCCCUGACCCUUUACAAAAUACACUACCCAUCCUUGGUGCCACGACUCCAGGCCCUGACCCUUUACAAAAUACACUACCCAUCCUUG